CUGUUUUACACUCCGAUUUAGGUUGCUCAACUCGCACAGUUCAACAAACCAGUCAAGCGCCGGAAUGACUCACCAGCCCCCCAGUCCAUCCAGGCAACGCUCCUUGCGCUCACCGCCCCGCUCGCGGGUAGAUGAGCCCAACCGCGACCUCUUAGCAAAGCGCCUGACGACUGUGAGCGAAUUGCAGCGCGAAAUGCUUGACCGAUGGAACAAAAAAUCUACGGGACCGGUGUCCAAGGCGAUCCCGGUCCCGUUACACGCUGGCGAGACGUUGCAGCAGUACACGCGAGCGUUUGAGAGUUGGCUUCUAACGAAGAACGAGACGUUUGCAUCGUUGCGUUAUGAUAUCUGUCGAGAGCGCGGGUUCUGGUUCUCCUUCGCUCAUAAACGAGCGGGUGCAUGCGGGAACAAGGCCUCGCUGCAGCGCGAUAUGGACGGACUGUCAUCGUUCUAUGGGCCACAGUCAGGCAACAGCAAUAAACGCAUGCGUUAUAGUGAAUCCUCAAGCUACGACAGAGAGAAAUCCUUUGCACAAAGAUCAGAGUGGUCGUACAGCUCAAGUACACGUGAGUGGGGUAUGAAACCCGCACGAAUCCGACGAAGUCACGCGACAACGAGUUGCAUCAAGUUACCAAAGAAGGUAAACACUCGUCACGGCAUGAAUCAGUGCGCUCUUGUCAAACUACAAGUGAGAAGGCCGUAGAAAAGCGUAGUAACGAAUUACAGGCACAUCGGAUGGUUUCUCCUGAGCAAUUUUUGAAUGUCCUUGCUUCCGGUAAGAAUACUUCAAUAUCGCUAUUAAAAUCGGAGAAUUCGAUGCCCGCAAAGUCAUCCACGCGACAAGAUGACGUUCAACAUCGACAUGGCGAUCAAACUUCGCCAAAUACCUCAUGCACAAAAUCUGUAACAGAGAUCGACACGAUUGAAGCUCGAAAAAGCGAUGAUAUCAAUUCUUUCUUGCCCAAAGUGCAAUUUGGGACCAAUAGCUCGCUGAAAUCACCAGCGCAUCGUUCAUUAGACGGUAAAUAUGAAAAAAUUGAACCUGCUCC